AUCAUCGUGCGACCAGAAAUAGGUUAAAGGUGGGUAGUUCGCGGCGUCAAACCAGGGGAUGUUUACAGUCUCUGGGUUAAACACAAGAACAAUGAUGAACGUCAACAGAAUUGUCGCCUUGUCUAAAAAGUCGGUUCAGGUCGGUCAGCGGCUCCUCGUCUGUAACUCAAACCCGACGGGGAGAGAAGUUCUGCGGCUCCAGCAGAGAAGGUCCAUCCGAACCCACUCCAGGAAUCUGGCGUACGCCAAGAGCCUGUUCCUGGGUCAGGUGAACAAGGCUGAGGUGUUCCCUUAUCCAGAAGUUGGAAAUGAAGAAGCAGAAGAAAUCCAGCAGCUCGUCGCACCAGUGGAAAAAUUCUUUGCGGAGGAAGUUGACUCUGCAAGAAUUGACCAAGAAGCAAAAAUCCCUCCUGAGACGAUGAAUGGGUUAAAAGAGUUGGGGCUGUUUGGGAUGCAGGUCCCUGAAGAGUACGGGGGUCUUGGACUGUCUAACACUGUGUAUGCACGACUGGCAGAGAUCACUGCGUUGGACGGCUCUAUUGCUGUAACGCUGGCUGCACAUCAGGCCAUCGGACUAAAGGGCAUUCUGAUCGCAGGAAACGAAGCCCAGAAGAAUAAGUAUCUGCCUAAACUUGCCUCAGGAGAACACAUAGCAGCGUUCUGUCUGACAGAACCUGGAAGUGGAAGCGACGCAGCGUCCAUUCAGACACGAGCGACCCUGUCAGAGGACGGUACACACUACCUGAUCAACGGCUCCAAGAUUUGGAUUUCCAAUGGAGCCACAGCAGACAUCAUGACAGUGUUUGCAAGGACAGAGGUUGUUAAAGACGGCGUGAAGGCAGAUAAGAUAUCAGCGUUCAUCGUGGAAAGGGCUUUUGGGGGAGUCAGCAGCGGCAAACCGGAGGACAAACUGGGCAUCCGGGGCUCCAACACCUGUGAAGUGGCCUUUGAUAACGUCCCAGUACCAGUGGAGAAUGUUAUCGGGGAAGUAGGUGGUGGCUUCAAGGUUGCCAUGAACAUCUUGAACUCUGGAAGGUUCAGUAUGGGCAGUUCCUCAGCUGGAAUGAUCAAAAAGUUGAUAGAGCUGACGUCAGAAUACGCUGCCACCAGGAAGCAGUUUAACAGAAGUCUGAGUGAAUUCGGUAUGAUCCAGGAGAAGUUUGCACUAAUGGCCGUGAACGCCUUCGUGAUGGAGAGCAUGGCGUACCUCACGGCGGGGAUGAUGGACAGACCGGGGCUUCCAGACUGUUCCGUAGAAGCCGCCAUCGUCAAGAUUUUCAGCUCAGAGGGAGGAUGGAUCUGUGUUAGUGAAGCUCUUCAGGUCCUCGGAGGUCUGGGUUACACAAAGAACUACCCCUUCGAGCGCUACGUCAGGGACUGUCGCAUCCUGCCCAUUUUUGAGGGGACCAAUGAAAUCCUGAGGAUGUACAUCGCUCUUACUGGGAUGCAGCACGCUGGCAAAAUCCUCACAGGGAAAAUAAAAGAGCUGAAGAAGGGGAAUAUUGGCGUAGCGUUUGGCAUGGCGGGAAAGAGGCUGAAGAGUGCUUUUGGCAGCUCCGUGGACUUCGGCCUGACGGGGAAGGAUGGAGUUGUGCAUCCCAGCCUGGAGGAAAGUGCAAAGAAGUUUGAGCAGAACGUCGCCUUCUUUGGAACGACUGUGGAGAGCUUGCUGUACAGAUAUGGGAAGUCGAUGGUGGAUGAGCAGCUCAUCCUGAAGAGAGUAGCAGAUGUGCUGAUCAACCUAUACGCCAUGACCGCCGUCCUGUCCAGAAGCAGCCGCUCCAUCUCCAUCGGAGCCAGGAAUCACGACCAUGAGGUGCUGCUCGCAAACACGUUCUGCAGCGACGCUUACUUCAAGAACAAUUACUUGAUGACUCAGUUGCAAAAGCACUCUCCGGAGAACAACGACGCCAACAUCAAGAAGAUCGCCAAGGAGGUCUUAGAGAAUAGAGCCUACAUCUGCUCACAUCCUCUUGAAAGAACAUUCUGACUUCUGUCAUGUCACCACCGCAACGCUACGUUCUGAUUGGACACUAUUGGCAAGAUAAUACCGCAAUCCAGUCGGUUUGUCUUUACUCUUGUGCUAGCGCUUACUGGGAUUCACAAGCAAAACCAAUGGAGUCAGUUUAUACAGAACAUUUUAUUAAUAACAGAUUUAUAUAAAAACUGAUGGUAUUUAAGUAACUUUGGGGCUGAAACCUGUCGCUCUAUCUGAAGUGCUCCUUAUCUUUAGUGACAGAACCUAAUACUGCACUAGUGCUCACCUGUUUAUCUACUUAUCUGAUGCUCUUUGGGUAUUAGAUGUACAAGGUGCGGUCUUGUGUCUCUGACUGUGACAGUUUUAUUCAAAGGCGGUGCUGCUACUGUGUUUUCUCAUGUGUGGACUGUAAAAGUGAAGGUGUCCCUCUUCUUUUCCGUCAGAGGCACAGCUGUCCAGUUGUACACAAAUGAAUGUUGCUCGUUUAAUCCGCUGUAAUAAAGCAACACAUUAAUA